AAAAGUAUUUAUUAGUCGUUUGUUUUGAUAAUAAUAUUGUUGUCGUCGUUGUGUUUGACAUAUCUUUUUUUGGCCCAAUAAUUGUUGUGACCAUUAGAUCCAUUGCACGAAAACAACAACAAAAAUGAGUGAAUACGACUGUGAAGACGAUUUGAGUGCCGAUUAUAACGACUUAUAUGAGGUCCGAGACUCGGAUGAAGACACUGAAGACGCCUCGGAAACAGAUGUGGUUCUCAAAUACGACAAUACAGACAACGAAUACACAGAGAUUAAGGAACAGAUGUAUAGGGAUAAGUUGGCCACUCUUAAGGACCAAUUGAAUCAAUUAGAAGCUGGUCUUCAUCCCGAAUAUAAGCGCCGAAUAGCAAAACUUCUUGAGAUACACGAAGAAAGGAAAAUGUUUAGCGAAGUGUUUGUCAAGUUUGAGAAUGAACGCAUCGAAAGAGAGUAUUUUCUGGAGAAGCGUUCGGCCGCUCGUGAGUUUGAAGAGCGAAAAAUUGAAUUAAAAGAGUCGCUAAUCAUUGAAUUGGAAGACAAGAAAAAGAUGGUCGAAAGCGAACGAAUCACUCUGGAGUUGACCAACGAUUCGGUGGAACCGAAACCGUUGACCACUAGAAAGUUGCGGCGACGACCUAAUGAACCGAUUCCCAUACCGGAGAAGAGGCGUCGGGCCUCACCUGCUCAGUUAAAUCUAUUGCUAGAAGACAGCGAUAUUAAUGAAGAUCUGAAAAUCUUGAGCCGAUGUAACAACAAUGCAAAACUCAGUGCCACGACGUUCAAGAAGUUUUCAAUUGCCAAUAUGGAUAUGGAUAGUAUGGCACCGGAUGCCAAAAUUGAAGACGGAAAACUGUUUUACGAUAAGAAAUGGUUCCAUAGGGGACAGAAUGUCUUCAUCGAGUCAUCUAAUGAUACAAAAUUUAAUGCAAUUCUCGUACAAAUUGGCACUUCAGAGAUAUGGAUUAAAAAGCCUAAUGAAACCAUUAAAUCAAAGAUAUCUCUAUCGGAUUUACAUAACGGAAAAUAUUCGCUUUUUAGGCGUUCCUCAUAAUAUACAUCAUAAUUGGUCCAGUACUGUAUACUACUAUUCGCUGCACUUUCCACUUCCGCUAUCAAAGCUACC